AUGAAGUUUACACAGAGCCAAUAUGACUACUCUUUGUUUAUUAACAAGUCAUCAGAAGGAAUUGCAAUAGUACUUGUGUAUGUAGAUGACAUGCUGAUCACUGGCAGCAGCUUGAAGCUAAUAGAAGAAACCAAGAAAGCUCUACAAAAGGCUUUCAAAAUGAAAGACUUAGGGGAGCUCAAGUACUUUCUUAGAAUUGAAUUUACAAGAUCUACAGAAGGAAUACUUAUGCACCAGAGGAAGUAUACACUUGAACUCAUAUCAGGAAUGGGAAUGACAACAGCCAAACCAGCAAGCACUCCAAUGGAUGUAAAUGUCAAGUUGACAUCCAAACAGUAUGAUGAACAUGUGAACAAGAGUCAAGAAGAAUCAGAUGAUCCCCUGACAAAUCAAUCAGCAUAUCAAAGGCUUAUAGGUAAGCUACUAUAUCUCAACAUGACAAGGCUAGACAUAGCCUUUAGCACUCAGAUAUUGAGUCAAUUCCUAAAUCAACCAAAAAAGUACCACAUGGAUGCUGCACUAAGAGUAGUCAGGUAUCUAAAGAGACAACCUGGACAGGGCAUACUACUCUCAAGCCACUCAGACAACCAGGUUAGUGCUUAUUGUGAUACAGAUUGGGCUGCUUGCCCCCUAACCAAAAAAUCAGUCACUGGAUACAUGAUAAAAGUUGGAGAGUCACUGAUAUCAUGGAAGGCCAAGAAGCAGUCCACAGUGUCAAGAAGCUCAGCUGAAUCUGAAUACAGAAGCAUGGCCUCAACUGUGUCAGAGUUAGUCUAG